AUGGCCACAGUUGCUAUGCUCAACUCUCAGGAAAACCUGAACAGAAUAUUCAGUGAACUUAAAUCAAAACACGAAGAUAGACGUAUAAAAGCAGCAGAUGAACUUCGUGAAACAGCAGCAACGGCUUCAAGAGAGCUAUCAGAAGAGAACCUCGUCCGCUUUACAAACGACAUCAACAAACGAUUCUUUGACUGGACUCAUGGAAAUGACAACAAUGAGAAACUGGGCGCCAUCAUUGGUAUAGACCGUUUAAUUGGGUCAGAGCCAGAAAGCAAUGCUACACGUUUCCAUAAUUAUCUUCAACACAUGUUACCCCAUCAUGAUCAACAAAUCAUGGUCCCAGCUGCAAAAGCGUUAGGUCGCUUAGCCGUCAGUUCAUCAGCCUUCACUGCGGAUUUAGUGGAUACACAAGUCGAGCAUGCACUGGAAUGGCUUCAAGGGGAUCGCAGUCGUUUAGCAGCCGUCUUGGUGCUGAGGGAAUUAGCAGUAAACGCACCCACGUUAAUUUAUGCAUAUGUGCCUCGUAUCCUGGACCUCAUCUGGGUGGCAUUAAGAGAUUCGAGAAAUGUCAUUCGUGAGUAUGCAGCUGAUUGUCUUUCACAGUGUUUGGAAAUCGUACAGCAGCGUGAAACACCCAUGCGAAAGACGUGGUAUGCUCGAAUUUGGGAGGAAGUGAAUCGUGGGUUGCGCAUGAAUAGUCCAGAAGCUACGCACGGUAGUUUAUUGGCGAUGAGAGAGCUUUUGUUACAUGCUGGCAUGUUCAUGACAGACAUGUACAAAGAUGUGUGCGAUAUCACAUUGCGCUUAAAAGAUGCUCGUGAUGCGUUGAUUCGAAAGACUGUAGUAUCCAUCAUUCCAACACUCGCAUGCUAUGAUCCAGCAACAUUUUCCGAACUCUAUUUGCACAAAUCCAUGAGUCAUUUGCUCAACUUGCUUCGUAAGAGCAACGAAAAGAGAGAUGCCUUUAUCGCCAUUGGACAAGUCGCUAUUCAAGUCAAGAGCAACAUGAGUCCUUAUUUGGAUGCCACUCUAACGUGUAUCAAAGAAGCAUUAAUGAUGAAAGGACGUCAGAGAAAGGAAAACGAAUCAGCCAUCUUUACAUGUAUCAGCAUGUUGGCUACUGCUGUUGGACAGGCAUUGACCAAGUAUUUGCAUGAUCUGUUGGACCUCAUGUUUCACUGUGGCUUAUCCGAGCCAUUAGUGGCAGCAUUGAGCAAUAUUGCAGAUCGUAUCAAGCCAUUAUCACCUGUGAUCCAAGAGCGCUUGCUAAAUGUCAUUUCCAUCACCAUCAGUGGACAGCCAUACAAACAGCCUGGAGCACCUACCAACCGCACCAUCAUUCAGACCGUUGAGCGACCACUGCGAGAAAAUGGAUUAGGCGAUGGAAAAGACAACGACACCAUUGUGCUUGCAUUGACGACAUUGGGCUCCUUUGAUUUCUCCAACCACGUACUAAACGAAUUUGUGCGCGAUUGCAUUGUGAAUUAUUUGGACGACGAUCUUCCCGAGAUUAGAAAAGCAGCUGCCGUUACUUGCAGCCAGUUGUUUGUGCGUGAUCCCAUCUGUAACCAGACCAGUGCGCACGCCAUCAAAGUCGUGGGUGAAGUGCUGGAGAAGCUACUGACAGUCGGUAUCGCAGAUCCAGAUCCCGUGAUUCGAGAAACCGUGUUGUCGUCGCUGGAUGUGCGCUUUGAUCGUCAUUUAGCACAAGCAGAUAAUGUCAGGUCGCUCUUUAUCGCUCUCAAUGAUGAAGUAUUCGCUAUUCGAGAGAUAUCCAUUACCAUCAUUGGCCGAUUGACCACCUUCAAUCCAGCCUAUGUCAUGCCAUCGCUGAGAAAGACAUUGAUUCAGCUAUUGACAGAGUUGGAGUAUUCCGUGGUGAGUCGACAAAAGGAGGAAUCAGCUCGUUUGGUGUCCUUGUUGGUCAGAGCAGCUCAGCGACUCACAAAGCCCUACAUUGAACCUGUGCUUAAAGUAUUGCUACCAAAAGCAAGAGAUCCUUCCACGGGUGUCGUGUCUGCUGUGUUGGGUGCGUUGGGUGAAUUGGCUGCUGUCAGUGGUGAAGACAUGCGACCCCAUUUAGAUGAACUGAUGCCCUUGAUCAUGGAAACAUUGCAAGAUCAGAGCUCCAGUGCCAAACGUGAUGCUGCUCUCAAGACAUUGGGUCAAUUGGCCAGCAACACAGGUUUUGUGAUUGAGCCUUAUACCAAGUAUCCAGCGCUGUUGAAUAUUCUCAUCAACAUUAUGAAGACGGAGCAAAACCCCACCAUCAGAAGAGAAACGGUCAAAUUGAUGGGUAUUCUUGGUGCCCUGGAUCCCUACAAACACAAGAUGAAUGCCAUUGGUAACUCCAGUGAGGAAUUGGCUGAUCCCAAGUUGGCAAGCAACGAUGUGACGCUGCUCAUGAUGGGCAUUGGACCCUCAUCUGAAGACUACUACCCACAAGUGGUGAUGCAUUCACUGAUGAAGAUUCUAAGAGAUCCCUCGCUGAGCCAACACCACUACGCUGUGAUUGAUGCCAUCAUGUUCAUCUUCAAGACACUGGGCCUCAAAGUUGUGCAGUUCUUGCCCUUGGUGAUUCCUGGAUUCCUGUCUCUGAUGCGCACAUCGUCCUCCAACAUGCUGGAACUCUACUUUCACAAACUGGGCGAUUUAGUGUCCAUUGUCAAGCAGCAUAUUCGAAACUACCUUAAGGACAUUUUUGACUUGAUUGACGACUACUGGACACCUUUAUCCACGAUUCAAAUCACCAUCAUCUCGCUGAUUGAAGCCAUUGCCAAGGCAUUGGACGGUGAACUCAAGGUCUACUUGCCUCGCUUGCUGCCUCACAUGCUGCAAAUCUUUGACAGCGAUGAUACUGACCGAAGACUGCCUACCAUCAAAGUGUUGCACGCCUUUGUUGUGUUUGGUGCCAAUAUUGAGGAAUACAUGCAUUUGGUGAUCCCUGCUGUUGUCAAAUUCUUUGAAAAGCCUGAUGCGCCUGUUUCUGUGCGUCGUCAAGCCAUUUCCACCAUCACAGCGCUCUGCAAAAAGGUCAACAUGUUUGACUAUGCCUCUCGCAUCAUUCACCCUCUGGCGCGUGUGCUGCCGGUGCUGCCAAUGGAAGCCAGAAACGUCGCCAUGGAUCUAUUGUGUGCCCUUGUCUUUCAACUGGGCACCGACUAUACCAAGUUUAUCCCUGUGAUCAACAAAGUGCUGACACGCCAUCGCAUCUCACAUGCCAACUAUGAGCUGCUGAUUGGAAAGCUGCUCAAGGGCGAGAAUCUGCCUCAGGAGCUGGGCAAGGCAUUUGACGACAGAGACGCCAAGGGCGACGAAACACCUUCCGUAGAUCAAAGUGCGGCCAAGAAACAACCUGUCAAUCAACAGCAUCUCAAAAAGGCCUGGGAGGCAUCACAACGAUCUACGCGAGAGGAUUGGAUGGAAUGGAUUCGUCGAUUGAGUGUAGAGCUACUCAAGCAAUCGCCCUCACACGCGCUCCGUGCCUGUGUCUUUUUAGCGUCUGUAUACACACCUCUUGCUCGCGAGCUGUUUAACGCUGCCUUUGUCUCUUGCUGGAACGAGCUGUACGAUCAAUACGUGGAUGAGCUCGUCAAAUCGCUCGAAGUGGCUCUCAAAGCGCCCAAUAUCCCACCAGAGAUCAUUCAGAUUUUGCUGCAUUUGGCUGAAUUCAUGGAACACGACAACAAGAUGCUGCCCAUUGAUAUCCGCACCUUGGCUGUCUAUGCUCAAAAGUGCCACGCCUAUGCCAAAGCCCUGCACUACAAGGAAACUGAGUUCCACAUUGAGCAAUCAUUUGAAGCAGUCGAGAUGCUCAUGUCCAUCAACAACCUCUUGCAACAGCCUGACGCAGCAAUGGGUAUCCUGACAUUUGCUCAAGACUCGUUGGGUCUGGAACGCAGAGUGUCUUGGUUUGAGAAGCUGCACAGAUACCAAGAUGCUUUGGACGCUUAUGAAGCACAACAAUUAGAGAACCCCAAUUCCAUGGAGAUCACGCUGGGUCGUAUGCGAUGUCUGCAUGCGCUGGGUGAGUGGGAUCAGCUUUCUGCGCUGGCGCAAGAGAAAUGGAUUCACGCACCACUGGAUAACCGCAAGAGUAUGGCGCCCUUUGCUGCUGCUGCUGCGUGGGGUCAAGGUCAAUGGGAACAGAUGGAGGAGUACAUUGCACUCUUGAAAACAGAGAGCCCUGAUCGCACCUUUUUCCGUGCCAUUCUAGCCAUGCAUCGCAACAGAUACGCAGAAGCAGAAAAGUUCAUUGACAAGACGCGUGAUUUGCUGGAUACUGAACUGACGGCUCUGUUGGGCGAGAGUUACAACCGUGCCUAUGCCACUGUAGUGCGCGUGCAAAUGUUGGCUGAAUUGGAGGAGAUGAUCAUUUACAAGCAAUCAGCCAACGACAUUGAGCGACAAGGAGAAAUCAGACGUACCUGGGUCAAGCGUUUGGAGGGCUGUGAGCGCAAUGUGGAGGUCUGGCAACGCAUUCUUCGUGUCAGAACCAUGGUGAUCUCGCCUCAAGAAGACAUGGAAAUGUGGAUCAAGUUUGCCAAUCUGUGUCGCAAGAGUGGCCGUUUCUCUCUGUCUGAAAAGACGUUGCGUAGUCUGAUGGAAGCUGACGGCGAUGGUUCAGGCACGCCUCAUCCCAAGAUUGUGUAUGCUCAGCUGAAGCACAUGUGGGAUUCUGCUUCGAUUGCACCCGCUGAAAGAGCCCCUGCCAUCCGUGCCAGAGCUCUGAGUAUUUUGCGUGAUUUCACUGCUCAAAAGACACAAGACCUUGGCUUGAAUCCAGAUGAAAUGGCGGUUAGUAUGCCCAUUGAUCCCAGUCGUAUCACGGACGAUGUUGCUGAAUACACGCGUCUACUGAGUCGAUGCUAUUUGCGUCAAGGCGAAUGGCAACGUGCACUGUCUUAUGAGCUCUCCCAGGAGACUAUCCCCGAGAUUUUGUGUUCUUUCCUGCUGGCAACUCGCUUUGAUCAAAACUGGUACAAGGCAUGGCACUCAUGGGCACUGGCUAACUUUGACAUCAUUGAUUACCACGAACGACUUCAUCCAGAUCAACUACCUGCACAAAUCUUCAACCAUCACAUUGUACCUGCAGUGCAAGGUUUCUUUAGAUCCAUUGCCUUGUCCAAGGAAAACUCGCUGCAAGACACAUUGCGUCUCUUGACACUGUGGUUCAAGUAUGGCUAUCAGGCAGAAGUCAGCGCUGCUAUCGGCGAAGGUUUUGGCACCAUCAGUAUUGAUGUCUGGUUGCAAGUCAUUCCUCAACUGAUUGCGCGUAUUCAUGCUCCCAACGCAACCGUGCGUCUGUUGAUUCACCAGCUGCUGACGGAUAUUGGCCGUGAGCAUCCUCAAGCCCUUGUCUAUUCCUUGACCGUCGCUUCCAAGUCUCAGAGUGUCCCUCGUCGAAGAGCCACCUUUGUCAUUAUGGACCGCAUGCGUAUGCACAGUGCUGUGCUCGUAGAACAGGCCCUGAUGGUCAGCCAAGAACUGAUUCGAGUCGCUAUUUUGUGGCAUGAAAUGUGGCACGAGGGCCUUGAAGAGGCGUCUCGUCUCUACUUUGGUGAUCGCAAUGUGGAAGCCAUGUUUGCUACCUUGGAGCCUCUGCAUCAAAUGCUAGAUCGUGGGCCUGAAACCAUGCGUGAAGAGUCGUUUGUUCAGGCGUUUGGUCGUGAUUUGCAGGAAGCACAGGAGUGGUGUCAUCGUUACCAAGAGACCAGAGACCUCAACAAUUUGAACCAAGCUUGGGAGCUAUAUUAUCAAGUGUUUAGACGCAUUGUCAGACAGUUGCCUCAAUUGACCAGCUUGGAAUUGCAAUACAUCUCACCCCAGUUGCUGGAAGCGCGCAACCUGGAGCUUUGUGUGCCUGGUUAUUAUCGCAGUGGUGAACCUACUGUUCGUAUUGUCAAGUUCAACCCCAACUUGAGUGUCAUUGCCUCCAAACAAAGACCCAGAAAGCUGACCAUGGUGGGCAGUGAUGGCAAAGACUACAUGUAUCUGCUCAAGGGCCACGAAGAUUUGCGUCAAGAUGAACGUGUGAUGCAACUGUUUGGCUUGGUCAACACAUUGCUUACCAAUGAUGCCGAGACCUUCAAACGUCAUCUGAACAUUCAGCGCUACCCAGCCGUGCCACUUUCUCCCAAUUCAGGUCUCAUUGGUUGGGUGACAGAGACAGAUACCCUGCACACACUAAUUCGCGACUACAGAGACAGUAGAAAGAUCCUACUCAACUUGGAACAUCGCUUGAUGCUGCAAAUGGCACCCAAUUACGACAAUUUAACCGUGAUUCAAAAGGUGGAAGUCUUGCAAUACGCCUUUGAAAAGACAAGCGGGCAAGAUUUAUACAAUGUGCUUUGGCUCAAGAGUCGCAAUUCGGAAGCAUGGCUGGACAGACGUACCAACUAUACCCGAUCUUUGGCUGUCAUGUCCAUGGUAGGCUACAUCCUGGGUCUUGGUGAUCGUCAUCCUUCCAAUCUCAUGCUGCAUCGUGUCACUGGUAAAGUGGUUCAUAUUGAUUUUGGUGAUUGUUUUGAAGUAGCCAUGCACCGUGAAAAGUUCCCUGAAAAGAUUCCCUUCCGUUUAACGCGUAUGUUGGUCAAGGCCAUGGAAGUCAGUGGUAUUGAAGGUAAUUUCCGUACCACGUGUGAGCACGUCAUGCGUGUGUUGCGCGAUAACAAGGAGAGUUUGAUGGCUGUAUUGGAGGCCUUUGUGUAUGAUCCCUUGAUCAAUUGGAGAUUGUUGAAUACACAACCACAGAGUCCCGCUCAAACUGAUCGUAUGAGAGGUAUGGAGAGUAUGGCACAUGCACACGAAGAUGGUCCAGAUGACGGUCAUCGCAACUUUUCUGUCAGUCGAAGAUUGAACCGCAUUGAAGUGGAAGCCGUGGCUAAUGAAAACCCGCAAGGCCCUGAAUUGCUAAACUCAAGAGCUGUUGCAGUCGUGAACCGAGUAUCCAACAAGUUGACUGGUCGUGAUUUUAACCCUCGAGUGACAUUGGAUGUCCCUACACAAGUUGAAAAAUUGAUUCAACAAGCAACUUCAUUAGAGAAUCUCUGUCAAUGUUAUGUUGGCUGGUGUGCAUUCUGGUAA